CCCUUGUUCACAAAAGGCUAAUUAAAUUCAAUUCCAUCGUCCUCGAGGCCCUGACAGGAUAGCGAAUGAGUAAAUUAUAGUGAUUUAGCUGUCCAUUAGAUGAGUAAGCCAUGGUGAUUCAACUGUUCAUUAGAUGCGUAAAUCAUGGUGAUUCAGUUGUCCAUUAGAUGAAGGGAUCAAUGUUUUCUGUGCACAAAGAGCCCACCAUAUUUAAGUGUAACUCCCACACUAUUGUCGGGGCUAGAUCUUGGGUCUUUACCCAAAAUCUACCACCUAUAAACUUACCGUGGGGAACCUUUCUCCUUUACUUGAUUCCAUGAAAUACACCGGCUGCAUCUAAUUCCAUCUCUUUUAUACCCCACCCCACCCCUCCCCCUUACUAUAUAUGUAUAUAUGUGUCUAUAUAUAUAAUAUAAUGCAUUAAAAGAGAGCUAAGCUAUUCCAUUUCUUGUUUUCUGUAGUUUUACUCUUGAAUCUGUAGACUAUAAAGUUUGAUCGGAGUUGUGAGUCUGAUCUUCAGUCUGGCGAAGAUGUGGUGGGGUGGACAGGUGGGCUUGCCGGCGGCGGCGGGGAUUUGCUCGCCUUUACUCACCAAAGAGCUCUCCUUGAUUACCGAAAGCAACAAUAAUGGCGAUAAUAGUAAUGAAGAGAGCAGAGAGAAUUAUGAUAAUAAUGAAGAAGAAGAUGAGUGUAGAGAAGGGGCGGUUCUUGAAGUGGGCACAAAGCGGCCGAGGGGGCGGCCGCCGGGGUCGAAAAACAAGCCGAAACCGCCGAUUUUCGUCACGCGCGACACCCCGAACGGGCUGCGGAGUCACGUGAUGGAGAUCGCCGGCGGGACGGACGUGGCGGAGAGCAUAGCGCAGUUCGCGCGGCGGCGGCAGAGAGGCGUUUGCGUCCUCAGCGGCAACGGCGCCGUCGCCAACGUGACGCUUCGGCAGCCCACGGCGGCCGGCGCCGCCGUGAUGCUGCAAGGUCGGUUCGAGAUUCUGUCGUUGGCCGGGACGUUCCUCCCCGGGCCGUCCCCGCCCGGCGCCACCGGGCUCACGGUGUACUUGGCCGGCGUUCAGGGCCAGGUGGUUGGCGGGAGCGUGGUGGGCCCGCUCGUGGCCGCCGGACCCGUCAUGGUCAUCGCCGCCACCUUCGCUAACGCCACUUAUGAAAGAUUGCCGAUUCUUGAAGACGACCCGCCGGACUCCGCCGCGCAAUUCCCUAUUGAGUCCCCUCCGCCGCCGCCGCCGGCCGGAGCGGACCACCACGGCCUGCCGGAACCCUCCUCUUCCCUACCUCUAUACAACCUCACACCAAAUCUGUUUCCUCAUGGAGCGCAAUUGAGUCCUCAUGAUGCCUAUGCUUGGCAACAUCCUCGGCUCUCCAAUUUCUAAGGCCAUCAAGAAUCUCAAGAACUUUAGGACCAUGAAGAGAACACAACAAGGUUUAUUGUUGACAUGGAGAUUUUAAUAAAGGAUUUGAAUCACCUGGAAAUUAAAGCAUUGAAAUAAGCAUGUAGUAGUGGUGGUGGUGUAGUGAUUAUGUUGGUGAUGAAAGAUUGAUAUAUUUAAUUUUCUGCUUCGUUUCAUGGUGGUCAACUAGCUAGACACAAAAUCUUAUCAAGAUUUACUAAUAGCUUCUAUAUGUAUAUAUGCAAUAUCACUUUGUUUUUUAUUUAGUUGAAUAUGAUGUAACACCAUGUUAAUUAAUGAGUAAAAUAAUUUGUAAUGUUAAUGUUAUGCAGGAUCAAGUUUAUCA